AACUCAAUGUUUUCCACUUGCGAUAUGCGGGCUACUUUUAUCUGACCGAGGUGUUGCAGUUGAAAUACAGCUGGAAAAGAAGUCUGUCUGUCACUAACUAUUCAGACUCUGGAAAAUCGCACCCCAGAGGCAGAGAGGUGGGGACGAAACAGAAUUCCAGGCGGCGGGCGCACAAGCAGGAGGUUACAUCCGAGACUGUGGAACUAUUGGAAGGUAUAAUUAUACAAAACAACAGAAUAACAGCCUCUAUACCAAAGGCACAAAGCCCUGCAGAAGUCUGAAGCCAACCCAUGGACUCUGCAGAGUGGCAAGGAGACCAGGGGAAGGUCCUGCCCGAGAGAGCUGGAGCAAAUAUGGAUUCUGAAGCAAAGGCAUUUGUCAGCUCCGGGGAACCCCUGACAUGUGUGGGGGGGUCUCCAGCUGCUACUGACCCUUCAGAGUUGGAGCUGGCCCAGUGUGAGGCAGAGGUGGGCACCUUACUAAGGAUCAUUGCAGAGCUGAAUGGGAGGAUGAACGCUUUGCAAAUUCCCGGGGACCCAGAAGGCAGCACAGCUCUGGAACAGGAGGUGAUCAGCACUCCCAGACCAGGGCCUCUGCCCAGUCCACCUUCACAGUGCAUCCCAGAAGAGAGGGAUGAACCUGUAGCAUCUGAGUGUUCAGUAACUGAGAAAGAAGAUAAUGCCAAGCUGUGGACAGAGCUGCAGGGGGUCUUGUCUGCUCUGGAAAGUUCUAUCACUAAAGGAAGGACCUGGGCUGCCCCACACACUGCCUUUGAUGAGGAGAAAUACACACAUCACAUAACUGCAGCUAGAGAGAGCUGGGUCAGGACCACACAGAUUCUGGAAGAGGUGGAGAGAGAGUUUGGGAUCUCAUAUCCCUCAGAACUACCUGCUGCGGAGCGGCAACAGUAUCAGCGGGACGUUCUAACUUUACACAAGCGCAACUGCAACCUCCGUACCACCCUGCAGUGCCGGGAAAAGGAGCUAUCCAGGUCAAAGCUUGCACUGGGGGGCUUGAAGGAGGAAAGGAACAAACUGCAGUUAAAGCUGCUGGGCCUUCAGAAAAAUCUGCACACUGGGGGAAGUCUCUCCCCUCCCACCAGCCCCUCCAGUUCUUCAAGCGGAGCCAUGAGUCCUUGCUGGGCAUCCCCUCCUUUCCCUGGAUCCCCCUUGCUGCUAAGAAAAUCUGCUGGUGUUUUUCCAGCUCUUGCCACAGGGGGCGACAACACACCUCCUUCUUCUUCUCCCAGCACUGCUGUCUCCAGCAGUCCCAGCUCAAGUGUGAUGGGCACUUUGGAGUCAGAGACAGACCGUCUGCAGAGGUGUAUAGAGAGGCUAAAGGCUCGGAAUGAGCGCCUGUCUGCGGCUCUGGAAAGAAGGAAGGGGGAGUCCGAGCAGAUCAGCAUGACUCUCAGCAGACAUGAAGCUAACAGCACAGCACUCCAAAUGGCCCUGAAAUACAGUGAGGAGUGUGAAGAAGCCUACCAUGAGUUACUAUCUCUGUAUGAGGCCAGAAAACAGCAGGACAUAUCAGAGCCCAGAGAGACAGCAGAGGCUGGAAAAGAAAGACUGAAACUCAGUCAUUCAAAGCCAGAGCUCAGGAGCCCAGAGACAGGGGAAUCUUUGUCCUCCAUUUCUCCACCAGGGGGUGCUAAAGAGACGGUUGAGCAACCCAACAGGUGUACUCCAUCAGCCUUAGAAGAACAGGAGGAGGCCAUUAGGGAGAAAAUCAAGAAACUGAAGCGAGACAGAGCAGCAGUAUGCGUCCCAGCUCAGGAGCCUGAUGGCGAGGCCAAACCUAGCCCAGACACAGGCACCCUUCCUGGGCCCAGGGCUCAGGACAAUUCCAGGCCUCAGAGCACCAAGAGAGAGAAGGCCGCUCUUCUGUAUGAGCUGGUUACUGUCAGGGAGGAGAUGUCAGAACUGCGGGGGAUGAUUAGGCUGACGGAGAAAGAGAGACGUUGUUUGGAAUGGACGCUGACAGCUCAGAGGGCACAGGAUGUGGCUGGGACACUGAUCGCAGAAAGCCUUCGGGAGGAGCUGGAGGACCGACAGGCAGAGAGGCAGAAAUUGGCUGAGAAGGGGGCUAAGAUGGAUUCUGGCGGGGGCAUCCCUGGUCCCCGAAACCGCACCAUCAUACGAGAGCUCCAAGCAGCCCUUCAGCGGGAGCAGAUGUUGAAGAGACGGGUGACAGCCCUUCGGGACUCAUUGGAUACUGUGCUGAUAGACAGUGCCAGCCGAAGGAGAUGUAGUGAAGAGGAGAGGGCACAGCUUGCCCUUGCUCACAGCAAAGCUGCCGGGACGUACCGAAGCUCACGCAGGAAGUACCGUGAGCAAUUGUGGCGGCUGGAACGCCAGGUGACCGCCAUGUCCGAACGCCAUGCAACGCAGAUUGCCAGCCUCAAGGCCACGCUCGAGUCCCUGGAGUUCAAGAGGGAAGAGACGGUGCUGUGACAACAGCUCUGUGGUCUCUCUCAGUGCCGGAUCUGCAGACAGACUGGAAAAGUAGAGGAGCUGAAGACUCCUCAUACUUCAGCUGGUUUGUGAGGAAGCGUCCGUGAAGAGGUGAAAUACAUCACUCUUCUGUCUCUUCUGUUUUUGUAAUGCUACUUCGCCUGCCUGUCAUGUUUUCAUCCUAAUAGGAAGCACCCUGAGUCUGACAACUGAAUUUUAUGUAACAAGAGCUCAUGUGGAUCAUCCAUUCCUGCAUGGUUGCAUAUGAAAAAGAAGCAGUACUACUGCCUGAGCCACAAAGCACAGGUGGAUACAUGUUUGCUCUCUGAAUGACAUGCUACG